AUGGAUCAAAGAAUUCUUCCGUCAUCUGGUACGAUUAACAACUCUUCUAUCCUGAACAAUUUGAGCUCAAAUACAAGCGACCUGAUCACUGCAGUUGCGUUUGUAAUCGUGAUGUGUUUCACAGUGUUUGGAAGUUUGCUUAUCCUUCUUUCUGUCUUGAGAAACAAGACUUCUAGAUUGUUCCUGACCACCCAUUGCUAUGUUGUGAGCCUCGCGUUUGGAAAUCUGUUAAUGGCUGUUUCUGUUCUGCCUGUUCGAAUCGUAAGCUUCGUGAAUAAGCCAGCAUGGAUUGAGCGCAAUCACCUUUGUGAAGUUUACAGCGCUAUGUUUGUGUUCUGUUGUACCGUAACGGUAUUUUCCAUGGCUGCGAUGAGCGCUGACCGGUACUUCUCAAUUCCAAGAUCAGGAACUUACACUAAAGUUAUCACUCCAUGCAGAKCAUUUGGGUUGAUUGCAUUGCUCUGGCUUCUUGCUAGUGUUCUGUCCUUUGCACCUKCGGAGUUAGGCAAAGAGAUKUCACAGCCAAUGUGGGACUGCAAGCUUCGUCGUAUCUACAGCCGUCCUUUYAUMUACUGYUUUGUUACUAUUGAAGUUCUUAUUCCAGUGAUUCUGAUGCUAGUCCUACAUUGCCGCAUUACCAAAGCACGCAUGAACCACUUCCGUUCAGUUGACAUCACUGGCCGCAAAGUGAAGAACUUAGAUUACAKUGAURCACCCACCAUAUCCCAGGAGGCAGCAUGGGCACAAGUGGUCAUUAAAGUUCUCUUAAGUUUUAUAAUCUUCUGGAUCCCAAGAUGUAUCUUUCUUCUCCUUGACAACAGCCAGCACAGCAGUAUCCAUGAGGUCGCUGAUGGCGUAACCGAGAUAUUAACCUACUGCUUUGGUGCUUCUUUGCCGUUGCUACUUGCUAACUGCAGUACUGAUUACAARUAUGAGAUGACCUUGAUGGUAUGUCCAUUCAUGUGGUACCAAAGAAGAGAGCACCGCCGCAGGUAYCAAGUCCAUCAAUCYAAUAGAGUGACGCCAGGCAUUACCCCGUCAAUGAUGUACCGCAAGUCUUCUACAAGUUCCAGCAACCCACUCUAUCCAUUAUAA